AUGUUCUAUCACUAUCUUCACCUUUUGACUGCCUCCUCUUUGGUGUCCGACUAUGGUCCACCUCGCCACCAUAUGCCCAGAUGCCUUCCCAAGAUAGUGGAUCAAACACCUGCCGCUAAGUGCUGCGAUUCAAAGGCGGGGGUCGACGCCAACACACACAUACAUGACAUUUCUCGGUUGUACGUUACAUGCAUUAAUCGAAAAGGGGGAGAAGGAGGAGGCGAGAGGGGCAAGAAGAAGGUGAAGGGGGAGGAGACGGCAAUGACGGUGCCCAUUUUAAUGCAGUACAAUGAAAUAUACUGUCGCGACACUCAUCGGCAUCGCGAUGUUGGUGUUAAACUGAAACCCUUCAGCUGA